UGAAAAAAAAACGACCCCGUGCAUUCGCCCAUCGACGCCAUGGACGAAGACUGGUCGGAGUGUGCCGCCCGACUGCUGGCGAGCGUGCCGCAGGAUCUUCGCACCACCUCGGACUGGACCAGCAGCGCCGCGCUGUCCUCAGCACGGACCAAGUCGCAGCUGCUGGAGGUUUGCGAGGCCAAGGGCCUGGAUUGCCCCGGCCGCAAGAGCGAGGUCAUCGCCGCGCUGCUGCGGGCAGAGCUGGGCCCCGAUCUGCCGGAAGAGGGCCUGCGGGUGUGCCACCCCGGAUUCGCCGUGGGCUACGAUGCCGCAAUGCGGAACCCUGCGUGGUGCGCCUAUCGAUUGAAUCCCUCGGAGCAGCGGGAAACCGACAACGACCGAAAGAGCUUCGAGCUGGAUCCUUCGCUGAAGGAAGCAGGCAUCGAGCAGACGUCCCCGAACGACUACAGGAACAGCGGCUUUGACAAGGGCCACUUGGCCCCUUCGCUGGCCCUCAGCUUUCGGCGGGAGAAGCUGAUCAAAGCGGAGCGCAGCCCCUGGAGAGCGAGUUACUACGCCAGCAACAUUGCGCCCCAGCUGGCCAACAUGAACCAAAGAAGUUGGCAAACAUUGGAGGACGCCCUGCACGACUAUGCGGAAGCUUUACCAGUGGCGCAUGCCGACGUGUUUGUGGUUGCUGGACUGGGGUAUUGGAAUCGCGAGUUGCCGCGGAUGUGGGAGGAUGGAACUGAGUGUAGCACUGAAUGCGUAGCUGACGACUUGGAUUGUCAGCCGUGCACCGACGACUACAUCACUGUUCCGACCUUCUUUUGGAAGGCCGCCUGCGACCCCUCGCUGGGCUCCUUCGCCAUGAUCGCGGAGAACGACCCCAGCUCCGACGAGUUGGAGGGCAGCAGCGGCGGAUGGCCGCCCUCCGUCUUCCAGGCCUACCCGGUCACUGCGGUGGAGCAGUUUUUCGGUCUGAAGCUGCACUUCCCUCUGGAGUGCCAUCCUGAGCAGAUCAACCACCUGGUCCCUCACUGGAACGAGGGUAAGACGAGCGGCACGGUGCCCACGGCAAGCACGCAGGGCCAGCUGAGCAUUGGCCUGCUGAAAAUCGGGGGGAAGCGGGUGAAGUACCGGGAGCACGUCUGGCUGCACUUCCGGGCCAGCUUCGGCCCGGCGGCGGACUUCCACACCUCGCUGAGCAUCCGCCCCCCGCCCGCGGCGUCCUUCUUCACCAGGGGGUGGCAGGCCGACUGCGAGACGCUGGCGCCGCAGCAGCUACCCUCAGUUCAGAGUUGCAGCCAGUCUUCCAGCGACAUCACACUGACCUUUGAUCAUCCGGCGAAAGGCGGCACUGCCCUGUUCAAGCUGCGGAUGGUAGCUCCCAAUGGGCCGCUGGCGCACAACCAGUGGCUGCUCAAGGCCACGGGGGGCAAGAUGGAGGCCGUGGUCGCCGGUGAGGGCUUCGAGCUGGUGCCCAGCGGGCAGUUCCAUGAGCACGUCCAGCGGCAGCUGCCCUUCUUCUGCUCUGCGGCCGUUUUGCUGCUCAUCUGCUGCGUGGGGUGUGGACGGCGCUUCUGCGGCCGCAGCGUGCGGGAGCGCGAGCUGGAGCAGGCGCUGGAGCGGGAGCGCGCCACGCUGCGGGAGCUGCGAGGCGCUGGCGGCGCUGGCGGCGCGUGGGCCAGCGGCGCUGCUGGCAUUGAGCUCUGGAACUUGCGCCAGACGCGGCAAUGAGGGAA